AUGGUUCCGCAAUCUCCAUUCUUGAUGCAUGGAACAGUACGCGAAAAUCUAGACCCAUUUAACGAGUAUUCGAGUGCAGAAAUCGUCAAAGCUUUUGAAGCAGUGUUUGGCACUUCUCAGACAAGAAGCCGACAGACAACACGAGAUGAAGUUGUGUCGGGAAAAGGUGCUAGUAAAGACGGAAAUGCUGGCGAAGCAAGGGAAUGGCCAACACCACAAAACCUAGCGGUUGUGGACGAUUCACAAGUAGUUCUACAAAUCGACCAACAUCAAGCAGAUCGGACAACUACUCCUAUAUCUAAGAGACAACUAGUACCAACGAGAAUAGUAGAGCAAACCGAAGAACCACAACAAGAACUGCCAGUACCCUCACUCCAUGACAGUGACGCCUCUGAGUCUGAAGAUUUACAGAGAAAUACUAGUCAAUGUCAAAAGAGUUCUGGUCAGACGCAGACAUCGCUUUCAAGACUAUCUUUAGAGACUAAAGUCGAGGCUCAUGGUGCGAACCUGAGUGCUGGGGAAGGACAACUCCUAGCGUUUGCGAGGAUGGCUCUGAGGAAGAAUGAAGCGCAGAUUAUUUUGCUUGACGAACCAAGCUCAAAUUUGGAUGCUGCGACAGAUAGGCGGAUAACGCAGAUCCUGCACACAAUUUUGAAAGAUCGGACGGUGUUUUUGAUAUUAUGGAUCCUCGUAUUAAAUGUUCAAUCGGGUCUAUUCACUUCCACUAAUGCCCACGCUUUAAAGCUGUGGACCUUUUAAUGUUCUUUCUGGAACACGACGAUCCAAUUUUACGUCUGCCUUAAGUAGAACCCUUCUUCCUACGUACUGGUACUUCUUGGCCGCUUUCUCCAAACCUUCUAAUUAUCGCUCACCGCCUGAAGACACUGAUGGAUUGUGACAAAAUCCUAGUGAUGGACGCUGGAAGAGUAGAGGAGUUUGCGUCACCUGCGGAACUGUUAAAGAAUCCUGACAGCUUUUUCACCAGAAACAUGGCUUCGGUGGGAGUGGAGCGGGGCGUGACUGAUGUGAGCGGUGUAGCAGGUAGUCGUGAUGGGGGAGAUAGAAACGUGGAAGGAGACAGAGAUGAAGAUGCUGAGAAGAAAAAGGAGGAAUAGGAAAACUAUAAGUUGUAUCCUCUUUCUUAUUCUAGAAUGUGUCAGGCUAUCGCUAUCAGGUGCAGAAGAACUACAGCCAAAUGACAAUCAGAGUCAGGCUAUCGCUAUCGGGUGCAGAAGAACUACAGCCAAAUGACACUCAUUGAAAGACCUCCUUAUGUAGAUUUGUUGCAACAUCCCUAUAGAUGUGCAAACUGAUGUAAAGGUAAAUCGGCAAAUAGUACGCAUUUUGUAGGAAAUUGUAGGGUAGACGAUUGUUUAGUGCUGGUAUACGCACCACGCAUUGAACGACCUCCUUAGUUUGAAUAAUGUCAGUGGCGUGCAUCAUUUUUUUAAAAGGACCUGACUCAGAAUCAGAUUCAGAGGAGGCGAAAGUCGAGUCCUUUCCGCCGGAAGAUGCAGCGCACUUAUUGAAGACGCAGAUUUGAGACCAGAUAGGAGUCCACCGGAUGAAAAAGAAAGAAGAGAAAACAAGGAUCACAAUCUGCCAAAAACAAAACCCGGAAAAUACCGGCAGCAACAUGCUGCAAGAAGGAACG